UCGCGGCGUGGGACACGUCGGAGGGCCAUGCACGUGGCGAGUGCAUGCACUUCCAUCUGGCGGGCUCGUCGUCGACCUCCACUGCAGCAGCGGGACAUCAGAAGUACACGGGCUCGAUUCUUCACGGUUUCAGUAGAGAUCUACUGGCCAAAGCGUGGGACGUGGAUGUCAGCCACGUGGAGCGGCUGCUGCAGUCCCAGCAAGGGAGCGCCAUUGUCGAACUUCCUUCUCGCUCAGCGAUCAGCCCCGCCACGUGUCACACCGUAGUCAAUCAGGCCGCCCUCACAUGGACGACAACAUCGACGAUCAGUCAGCUGGCCAUGGGAUUGGGUGAUGACGUCAACGGAGAGCAGGGGCCGUCCUCCGCUUUCGGUCUCUUGCCUCUCCCUGGUGGCGAGCACGUGUACAAGCUGGACAGAUCGUCCGCUGACGUGGCUAACAAGGGCGGGAAGCUUUGGUUGCUGAAUGAGCACCGGAUGCCAGCGCUGCGUCAGCUGGGGAUGGGAGCGUACAGACUGUUCUUGCGGCCAGGGGCGGUGGUGGGCCCGGCGUGGUCAGUGAACGCGCACCACAUUGUGUACAUCAUCAGAGGGAAGGGGCGCGUCCAGAUCGCGGGUCCGGACGGGCGCAACGAGCUAGACGCGGAGGUGCGCGCAGGACAGGUGGUGGCGAUCCCGCGGUUCUUCGCGGCGUUGAAGGUCGCGUCGGAGGAGGAGCCUUUGGAAAUCAUCUCGGUGACGUCGUCGUCGAUGCCCUUGUCGUCCUUCCUCUCCGGAUCGACUUCCCUGCUGAAGAACAUGCCGUUGGAUGUGGUCACCCACGCGUUCAACAUCGACAGCGAGUUGGAGGAGAAGUUUAGGGAGAAGAGGAGGGAGGUCACCGCCAUUCUGCCGCAGUCGCAAUCGUCGGGGAGUCAGAAGGACUCAUGGACGUGGUUCCUGUCCGACUCGAGCUCUCUCUUGUAGAACAUGCCUUGUGGAGGCGGAAACCGAGGCGUGGAGGUGGAAAGCCAGGCGUUGAUUGUCGACUGGAGAGAAGGGGAGGGACAUCAGCGCCGUUCGACCGCAAUUGUAAUCGGCUGAGUUGGAGGGUCCGCAAAAUAAUUUUCACAAUAGUAACAUGGAAAUGAACCGCGCAAUCGGCACCAAGAUGAGAUGUCCUUGAAAAGUCAAUGGCCGUAGAUAUAAUCCCGGUUCUUCCCUGAUCGGAGCGUCAGAAGAAUGUGUAGAAUAGGUGAUGUACAGUGAACUGCGUGUGGAGAACAGCGAGAGCAUCGAGGCGUACGGGGCAUCAUCUUGCUGGGCCGUAUAUGUCGUCAAUUGCUGGAAGAUUCAGAAUGUUAAGAGGCCAAGUGGUAUGUAUGUGGCCUCGGUAAUUACUUGGUACCUUAUUAUUGUUGUGCCAGGCAGAGCUAGUCCGUGUUAAUUCCGUUUCUGCAGGGAGGGAGCUCCUAUUGUGCAUGAAGGAUAGUAAUUGACACGUGUAGAAUGGAAUUGACACGUGGCGCAAGCUCUGUGUGCUAAAGAGAGUAAUCGACACUAUUAAAAGAACAUUGACACGUGGCGUUACACUCUUCCCGAACGAUGGAGUGUUAAGCGACAUGUGUAGCGAGCGAUUGCUGGCUUUAAGCGUUACGCGCUUGAGCUAGAGUAAUUGACACGUGGCGUAAGGAAUUGACAAGUGGCGCACAGCCCCAGAUGCGGGGAAACUGAAACUAUAUAGGGAGCGGAGUGGGUACGUGCAUGGAGAAGGGUAACUGAAACUCUAUAGGGAGCGGAGUGGUUACGUGCAUGGAGAAGGGGAUUUGAUUAGUGCCAGUGCACAGAGGAGGAGAGGAUUUGACACGCGUCUCCUCAUGGAGACGAGGCCUUCACCACGUGGCUGCACAUCUGAGGUAGAUCUGAGAGGGUGGAUGGUUGUUGUGUGUGUGCAGAUGCCACGUUGGAUCGUGGGCUUUCGCACGUUGUUAGUAUUACAACGAGGAUUUUAACCAGCCUAUCACACAACACGAGGGGCUCUAAACGCUUUUCGUCGGGUUCUUGGGGUUUUACUGACAGUGCGACCACGUGCCGAUCGAGGACAUUGAUGAGAUGAGAGUCGUGAGGUAAAAGAAAUAAAAUAAAUAAAUAAAAAUAGUGAGGUAUGCUUAGCUGACUUGAAGGGACAAUGUGUGACCAUAAUUCUACUUAUCUGAUGCAGGUUUUGAAGGACGUGGGUGUUUGUCCUUUGUAAGGAUCAGUUAUAGUACACUGAUUGGUUAACUUAGCGCUAGCAGUCUUUCAGUCUGUGGGCUAGUGCAGUAUGGUUAAUGGUAGUGAGAAGAAGAAAUGAGCACCUUGACAUUUGCUUCGACAGUUGUUAGAGUAAUCUCAUCUCUGUGGAUUUGGACCGUCGUGGUAAUGCGGCACAGCUACCUGCCGUAACCUCCGUGGACAGUGUUUUGUGUGGCCGAGUUAUAAUUGCACUAUGAGGCAAGAUACAUUUUGCAAUUGCACUUCGGGCACCCUACCUGGUCAGAAAGCUGGGUUGUAAACAUUGCCCGAACUGCAAUUCGAAACUGUAUCUUGGCACAUAUACUGCAGUUAUAACUCGUUUGUGUGACUCCCGUGUAGUUUCCCCUUUGUGUAAUCAUUCCUUGACUCACUUUCAACAGUCGUGGUUGUGUAGUAAUACAUAAGUGAGAGGGUGAGAUAGAUGCGUACUACCAAGAAAGAUGAAAUGGAUGAGACAAAUACAAAGGUUACAAAAAAAAAAAAAAAAUGUUUUGCCGCGGGGAGGCUUUAUAACUUUUCCCAAAAGAACACACACCAAUGCUUUGUGUAAUCAAUCCUGGAGUGAGUG